UGACUAUAAUAAGACUUGGAAAUAAUAAUAAACACGUUGAAAUCCUUAUAAACUGGUGUUAAGAAUAAAAAUAAAAGUAAAUGAUAAUUAGAAAAAAAUACACAAAUCUUUGUGUCGCAAGAUGACAGCUCAAUUCAAAGACAUUGAAUAGUUUUUCAAACAGGCGAGAUAUAAAUUUAUUUUUAAUCGCUCUUCAAUACUUUACACAAACAACAGUGUGAUGUACUGGAGUGACUCUGUCAGACGUAAAAUAGAGAGGUGUAACUAUGACGGCUCGCACCGUCAGACACUAGUUUUCGCAUCUUCGCAUCUUAAACGUCCUACUGGUCUUGCUUUGGACACAGAGGGGAGGAGGCUUUACUGGGCAGAUGGAGACACACAGCUGAUAGGAUGGACGGAUGUGGACAGCAAACGUUCUGAAGUUUAUUUUAAACUGGAGAAAUCAUACUUUAUGGGCCUGGAUAUCUACCAAAAUGAGUUGUUUGUCACGGACUGGGGACCUGAAAAGCAUCUGUCACAAACAAGAUACAUCUAUCGCAUUGGCAAGAACGGAACAAUGAUGGCCGCUGUACAAGUUAUUGGCAGAGUAAACGAUGUUCGUGUGUAUGCCGAGGAGAGUUCACAUAAAACAUCUACCCCACCAGCACCAACAAGGGAUCACACGAUAAGCAAUGAAAGUACAGACUCUGAUGGCGCUGAGACUUUAAACAUCAUUUUGGUCGGUGUCAUCGUUGGCUUGGUAGUAACUGUUGGUAUCGCCACUCUCAUUGUUUUCAUCAAAAAAGGGAAAUGUAAGUAAACAUCACGAAAUAUUACUAACAUAAACAGGACAAAAGUGCACGAAAAUAACAAACACCAUAAAACAUUAAUUACUUUGAAUACACUUUAAACAUGACAAGCAUAACAGUUACAAGUACGACUCAUGUCAUAAAUAAUCUCCAAGUUUACAAUUUUCUGUGAGAAGAAAUCACUCGGACAUCGUCGGUUAGUUGUUGCGGCCUCAGGGCAAAGGUUACACACCGUCACACAAAGUCUCGCUGUCGCUAUAGCAACGCCCGAGGAAAAAAAAGAAAAUUUGCUGAUUAUUUGUUCUAGUACAGUGACAAUUCUUCUUUGAAAAAGGGAAGAACGAGAACAUUCUCGUGUCUCUUGUGUACACAGACUUUUAUCUCGUCGUUACAAAGGUAAGAAAAUAAAUUUGUUUAAUUUCAUGGUUUGCAAGACUUUGUCCCCAUGUAACAUAAACAUGAAAACUUGAGGUCUGUAUUUUUCAUACAUCAUUUUUCUGCAAUGUGCAAUUGAUCUAACAUCUUUGAAUCACGGCCAUUUUUGUAGCUUUUUUGGACUAAUUUCAUGUUUCUCUUUCUCGAUCACAUUUUUUGAAGAUAAAACACGAAACACUUCAAGUAAUCUGCUUAGUGUUUGAAACGUUUUUUGGCGUCUUCAGUUCCGAAAUGUACAAUAUUUGUUAGUAUUUAUAAGUGAAAUCUGUACAUGAUGUGAACAUCCUUUUCAGUGGAAACAAUAUUUUCAGUGAAACAUUUUUAUUUGCAGUCACCUCAUCGGAUUCUUUACUAUGAUGCAAACUGGCUUCGUGAGGAAAAAGUCGUCAGGAAAAAGUUUAGGAGAACCAUUAAUAAGGGCCGCUUUUUCGUGGACCAGACUGAAGUGGAUUAUUUCCUAGUAAUUAUCCUAAUAAUGAGCAUUUGACAGUGAUGUGUGACAUUGCUUGGGUGCUUAAAGCACAUUUAAAGUUUUGUUCAUUUUCUGUGUAUCAUGAUUUUAUCUGCAUUUGGUACCUGCUGUGUAGUAUAUCAAAUAGGGAAUACAUUUCAGGAUUUUAAUUGGAUAUAGUGGGCUCUUGAUCACAUUGUCUUUAUUGUUAUGCAGAAAAGCAGCAUUAUUGACAUUGCACGACUGAAGUUCCUGCUGCCAAUAUUUCAUACCUAUGGCAAUAAAAUGUCUCGUCAGGUGAGAAAAUGUCCGUGUUCAUUUUAGGGUUUAUGUCAGUUUGACAUACAAGUACAAAAACUGAUAUUGACAAGAGAAAUAAAGUUUAUAUUUUAAAUUAUUGGUAUAUUUCAGUGAAACAUCAAAUCUAGUCAAAUAUACACCCCUUUACUAAAAAUUACUGCAAGAAAAAAGUACAAAUGUCAAUUUGGACCAGCUGACUAUAACUAUGUGACUGUAAAUAUGUAUAUGUAUAGUACGUGCACAUAGGUGCAUCUGUGUGUAUGUGUUACUAUGUGUGUAUGUAUCUUCGUGUAGUGUAACUAGGUGUGUAUAUCUGUGUAUUUUAUUAUAUGUAUGUAUAUGUGUGUGUAGGUGUAUUUGUUGUCUAACCUAUGGGGUCUAGGCAGGUGUGAUGGGCAGAGCCUUGUAGUCAGGGCUUUACUACACUCUUGACUACUCCGCGAUCCACGCCGACUUAAUCAUGUUCGCAGUGCACAUCAGUAAAUUCUCUAAUUAACGUUAAUUAACGCUUAUUUCGAGCUCCCAGCGCAAACCCUUGAAACAACACAACGCAAUUUUAGUGAAAGAAAAAAAAAUUAUUAUGUCACAAGAUCCAAAAUGCCGAGAGCUUACAAAUUAAUGAAGGAAUGAAAGGAACAUGCAAACGAACUAAUUCCCUAUCUUGACUAGUUAUCUAAGGUGUCCCGUUAAUACUAUUCUCGUUAAUAUUUAUCUAGAUACCUAGUGAGUCAAUUAAUCUACAUGUAUUUUGAACUACCUCACUCGUACCACUACACGCUCACUCACUCCAAGUAGCGCCGACUCUUGCGACCAGAGCAACUUUUCCACUACGCUGCCAAGAGUUGAUCGUGGGUUCACAGGGACAGAGGUCACUCUUCUUUUACACUCAGGUUGAUGAGCGUGCAAACACCUUUUUGGUCGGUCCCUACCCCACGUCUCUUGUCUGACUGGUGACACACGUGGUGGCGAAGACUUGACAUGACAAGUCCUCUUCUUGAUGCUCACCCUCCAAGAGUCAAGUAUCGAAAAGCCUCCAGUUUGGGUCCCAAACCAAUGUUAAAACGCUGGGUUUAGCCACACAUGCACCCGAUUGGUCAGUCAUAGCACAUGACAUACCACUACGACCAAUCACGCAUCACCGUUAGGGUGAGACUAGGUCCCCUCAACUUCUAGUAAUACGAUAAGUAAUCCCGGCGCCUAAUUUUCUGCUUUCCGUUUACUAGCUGGUAUUGUGACAAUAUUUUCCUUCUCUAAGUCGUUGUUGUCGUCUGCGUAUUUGCCCCCAUUACCCCCGUCUCUGUCUGCUAGCCGGUCGUGUAGUCAGACCAGGCCCGCAGUCUGCUUUGACAGAUGGGACUUAACUGACAGUAAACAUUCCUCUACUAGGAUUAUCCAUAUCCACCGUUUGUGGCAACCCACAGACCGCUGGCACUAGGUCUUCUGGGCUACCAUUGCCUCUUGCCUGCAGUGGCGCAUCAUCGACAGCUACUACCCCGUUGUUCACUGUUGUCCCGUGCCCUGAGCGGCAGCACAUCGACACCUAGUGUCGCACCUGUGUUGAACGCCCGCCAGAAACACUCGCCUGUGGCGGUUCCAUGGCCACAUUUGCUAUUCGCACCUCGCGAUAGCUGUGCAGCGGUAUCUCCUCAACAGCUAGCGGUCGCAUCUUGCGAUAGUCGCUGCCCACUUCUUGCAAACUUUCUACUUUUCAACUCGCGAUCGCAGCCGCCGUCCACCUGCAACGGUGUCAUCUCGAUAGCCCUCCGCUUGCACAGAUACAACUUCGACAGCCGGUGCUCGCCACCCGUGAUGGCCACUGUUAUCAUUUUGUAAUAAAUCAAGCUGAUUCAUUGUUUCCUGGCUUUAAAAAAUAAAUAAAAAACAAAGCAACCCCAACAGACAAUUUAGAAAUUGUAAUCAAUCUGGGUGAUGUUCCAAGAGGAUCAACACAUACAGUCAGGAAGCCUGCAUUUCUCAAUGAUCCCUAGUGUUGUCCCAGGCAGUGAUAGCUAAGUUAAUAGGAGUACGAUUGGGCACAGGUCGAACAUCUUAUUUGUCAAAAAAACAGCCAUCAUUCACUGAUGUGAGACGGGCCUCCAGAGUAAGAUACUUUGUUUUGGUCAUUGGGGAAAAGUGUCAGGAGGCUCAGACCAUGAAAAUGGAAGUCCUGAUCACCGAAUUGGACACCAGAACAGUUUUCAGCAUGUGCAAAAUGGGCGUAGAAUGUCUUUCUAUAUAAGCCAAGAUAUUGUAUAUGCAAAGCAAGAUAACAAGAAUAUAGUCCAAGACAUAUAUGAAGUACGUUCGUUGCUGUGUCCAUGCAUAUGGUGAUUGGGAAUGGUGAUGAGGAUGGUGACAACUUUUAUGAAACGUAAUUUUUUUUAAUAUAAGCAUAGCGGUUUUACUAGUGCCAGCAUUGUUUUAGGUUUCAAAUGCAAAGAAGCUGAUUUCAGAGGAUAUAUUUGUAGUGUCCAUGACAUAUCAUGUGUCUGUACAUUUGAGCUGAGAAAGGUGUCAUGAUUCGUUUGCUUUUUUAAAUGAAUCCCCCAUGUACUGAAAAGAUAUUUUUGUUGAAAUACUCAAAAUCAAGCAUGUCUUUUAACAUACAGCACCAUCAUUACGGUAUUUAUUAUGUUUCAGGUUCAAAAGAUCUGCUCAAAACUAAAAAUUAGAAUCAGUGAAUAACAGAUUGACUUAGAUAUACAUUGUGGAGUAAUGUUGUCAUUUAACUCACUUGGAGUCUGCAGCUCUGUCCCUUCAGUCUUUUGCUUUAUCUAGUUAUGAUCUUUAUUAUAUGUCGAUGUAUAUUUACAAGUUUGUGUUUUAUACGAUUUUAAGAUGUUUGUAUUAAAGACCCAAUUAAUCAGAUGUUAAACAUGUUGAUUGAGCAAAAAAAAAUUGUCAUGCUAAUUCUUUAUGGUAUAAGUUUGUAGGGUGCCUAACAUAAAAAGGAUAAUAAAUAAGUAAUAAAGUGUGGCAGAAAGGGUUGUGGAAUAUCUUAUAAACUUACUUUUGGAGAAAUAAAUGAAAUAACUGCACUCGAGGUCACACUUGACCGUUGUAAAUGUCCUUGUGAGCCCACUGUAGCAAACCGGUUUCUACCUUUAGUGUGUUUAGUGUGUUUAGUUACUUUGUUGGGGCCAAGUUUUGAUUAGAGCCGUAGGAUAGAGACAAUAUAUGGUGAACUGGGCAAGCUGGCAGCACAUCGGCCCCAUUCAACAACCGGUGGCCAGUCGGUGCUAGCGCAAACAUGGACGUAAAGGGCCGCAAUUAACAUACGGCCAGGGGAGAUAACUGUGUAGCAGUCCUACCCCUUAUUGUCCAGCUAAAAGCCGGGUAUCGCCCCCUUUUAGUAGUGGCUUUAGACCAUGUUUCAUAUGUUCAAAGAAGAAAGAGGACCAGAGAUACGCCGACAGGAAGGAAUACACCCACAGGAAGGAACAAACAAGACAGUCGGGUACAAAGAAAGAAACUUCAUUUUUCCGGGUGGCGAUCGGGUAAGCUGCCGACAGAGAGUCCUUCUUAUAGAAGACAUUAAAGUGUCCAGGGGACUUGGUGAAGUUUUAGUCAAUGUUUAGAGAACUCAUAGAGAACUGGAAGUACGCCCGUGUGGUUAGACGCAGAGCAUUGUUGUAUACGAAACAGGGACUGAAACUGUGAAUUGUGAACUCUAACGUGUGAACCGUUAAAGUGGAAUUUGUGAACUGUAACUUGUGAACAGCGAACAAUGGAAUUACUAUUGUGAGAACACUAACAGGACGAAACACCAGAGAAAUAAGAUUUAUAAGAUUAUGUCAAUACUUGUAAACUAUUAUUUUAUAUAUAUGUGUGUACUCUUUUCUUUUUUAUUAUAUUUUAAUUUGUUCUGAAGUCUCUUUAUUAAGAUAUUUACUGUGUGUGUGUGUGAGCGAAUGUUAGAUGAGUGCAUGCCAGCACAGUUAGCCAUUGCGCGCAGGGCCCACAUUCAGUACAUUACACCCACAAUCUUAAGGAGAAGGGCAAAGGUCAUUAGUAGUGGACUGUGCGUUUUUGUUUGAGAAACUAAUUUCUGAGUCAUUCAGUCAGAAAUCACAGAAGUUAUAUUCAUUUAUAUUAUUUUUUGUAAGUGUGAAAGCAAAACAAAAUCUGAAAACAACUCUGCGCCAUUACGUUUUUGAUUAUGAAUAAAUAUCAAACAACUACAGAAAAAUCCAUAAAG